GAGCUCAGUCAGUAGACAGUCGAUCCGCCUGGUCAGCUGGUUUUAACCAUUCGCGUAUUAUAGAACUCCCUGAUGGUAAUUCAAUCGCGAGCGACUAGGUAGAUCCCGGUGUCGAUCUUCCGGUGUCCUUCGAUCUCCCGAGCCACUUCCAAAUAAAAUUAGCUAAGAAUAUCGAACAGAACAUUCGGCGGUCCGCGCGCCGCAUGUGCGCGAGUGUGCAUCUUCGCCGGAAACAUCGUCGAUACGGCACGAGGAACCAGAUCGUCUACCGAAGAAGAGACCGCGUUGAAGAAGAAAGAAGAGGGUAGCGACUCGGGAAGGAGAUUGCGCGAGCGCAAUCAGACAGGAGAUGACCAUAUCGUACGCGAGCGAAGUGCCGAACGGCUCCAGCUUUGGCUGUUUCUGGAGGAUUCUGAUCAAAUGGCGUGGCUCCGUUUACAAGCUUAUCUGGCGAGAACUACUGGCGUACCUGUUCUUCUACUACCUCAUCAACUUCACAUAUCGAUACGUGCUUAAUGAGAACCAGCGGCAAAUUUUCGAAAAGAUUCGGUAUUACUUCGGCAACUCCAGCGAAUCCAUACCAAUGUCGUUUGUCCUGGGAUUCUACGUAAGUCUUGUUGUGAAGAGAUGGUGGGAGCAAUACAAGCUUUUACCCUGGCCGGAUAAUCUGGCCCUCUUCAUCAGCGCUGCCAUUCCUGGAAACGAUGAACGGGGGCGACUGAUGAGACGCAAUAUCGUGAGGUAUGCCGUGCUCGCGUAUGUCAUUACACUGCAAAGGAUUUCGCUCCGGGUUAAGAGGCGUUUCCCGACUCUUCAGCAUAUGGUGGAUGUAGGUCUGAUGAUGGAAUCGGAGAAGAAAAUCUUUGAGAUGAUGAACAAGAAGGCGGCCAUGUCUAAGUAUUGGAUGCCGUUAGUCUGGGCGACCAAUAUCAUCAACAGGGCGAGGAAAGAGGCCCUGAUUACUAGUGAUCACGUAGUGCAAACCCUCCUUGUCGAACUCAGCGACAUCCGGAAGAGGCUUGGUGCAUUGAUUGGUUACGAUACUGUCUGUGUUCCUCUAGUCUACACUCAGGUGGUAACACUAUCGUUGUACGCCUAUUUUUUCUCGGCUUUACUCGGCAGACAAUUCGUCCAACAAUCCAAUGGCACCGGAAAGUAUGAGGAGCCGGACAUGUAUUUCCCGUUUUUCACAGCGCUGCAGUUUUGUUUUUACGUCGGAUGGCUGAAAGUCGCGGAGGUACUCAUUAAUCCUUUCGGCGAAGAUGACGACGAUAUCGAGUUGAACUGGUUAAUAGACAGACAUAUCAAGGCAGGUUACAUGAUCGUUGAUGAGAUGCACGAGGAACAUCCGGAGCUCUUAAAAGAUCAAUACUGGGACGACGUUGUGCCUAAGGACUUGCCGUACACAGUUGCCAGCGAGCAGUAUCGAAAAGAAGAACCGAAAGGUUCUGCGGAACAUUAUAAAGUGAAAGAAAGCGAUGCUCUUUACGCAAACGUUAUGCUAGGCACACAGAUUCAAAGUCACGGCCAGCAUCGUAAAACUCAUCAGGACGAUGUGUACGCCGAUUAUGAAAGUGUGGACACUCCGUUGGUGGAACGAAAAAAGAAUGGCUGGUUCCAAAGGCAGAUCACUCGAGUUGGUUCGAUACGUAGUUCCUCGACUACGUAUAGCAGCGGCGGUGGUUUCUUCACACGAAAUCGUCACAAUAGCGUGUACAGCAGCCCUGAGAACGGUGGUCUCCCACAAACAAAUAAUCCUAAUCUGAAAAUGUCGCUCUACGAUCGUCUCGUCGGACGGAAGAGCGUCCGAAGUCAGCGUAUGGGUCGCCAAAGUACUAUGACGAAGCUGAACUCGGUGCCGGUAUCCCUGAAGAACAGACCGCGCAUACCAACUCCGGAUGUAACGAAGGAAGUGAUCGACCGUGAACAGAGAUUGGCUUUGUCCAAUGCGACGAACAUCGGCGCAGGUGUGGUAGGCGUGAUACCAGCGAACGGUCACUAUCCCGAUUUGUCGGUGGUGGUGUUGUCGCCGAUACAAGAAACCGAAAGCACGCCCAGUUCGGGAAAAUCAGGCGCGGCGGCCUUAGCGCAGGCCGUGCUUUCACCGACGUUGACCAGCGCCGGUCUAAUGACGCCGGUGACUUUGACACCUGUCACCAUGAGCCAUCUGACGCAAUUAGGUCUGAUGACGACGGCGACAACAACGACGCCGCGUGUUAAUAAUCAGGGUAACAGCGUCCUGCAGGCAACAUUGACGGAGGUGACAAGCAGCGAAGAGGAAGGUAGCGGAAGCGGUAGUAGCAGGAGUGGAAGUAUCACCGGCCAGGAAGAUCGCUCGACGCCACUGAUUGACAACAACAACAGUCCGAUGGGUAGCAACGGCAGUUCACCCAUUUUCGACGGCUACAACGAUCGCUCGCCAAUCUUGAUGAGACCCGAGAAACUGGGCUACGUCGUCACCGCCGCUGUGCCCGGAGUUCAAAUUAAUAGAACGAUAGCGAUAGACGCGCGAGGCAGACGAUCGGCCUCGCUGCCUGGUCCGCCGGUACCAGCGCAGCCAGGUCGGGACGACAGAAGUAUGUCGUUACCGCAAUCUCCGGGAUUGCAAUCGAGAGAAUAUCGCAUCGCCUCCGUGUUGAGUAGGCAAGACGGUCUUACCAUGGACAGGUUGCCCACCGUGUCCAAUAAUCAAGAUAUUCGACCGAGAACCAGCAGUUUCGGUCCCGAUCUCUCUAAAUCCAAUCAAAAGACCCAGGAUGCGUCGAGAAAAGUCAGUACCGCCUCGUGCACUAGCGCGUCUAGCAGCUUAAGCACGACGUCUCCGACGUCAUCUACGAGCAUACCCGCUACGACGACCGUCACCGGUAGCAAGAGAGGCGAGGUUUACGUUUGAUGAAGGAAAUCGAUAACGCGGACUUUACUUGUUCAACUAAUUAGAGAAUACAAUCUUGUUAAUAUUUCCUGAGAGAUUCUUCGUCCGUUGAUGUGAUGUCUUGUAUAUACACUACAUGUGGAAGAUCCGUUCAUUCCUUGAUGGUCUAGAUUUUUUCGAUUACUAUAAGUAUCUGUGAAUUUAUGUCCCUAAAAAUGCCCCGUAUUUCCACUUAUAGAUUCUUCUCGCAAUGAGAGGCAGAUUAGAAUGAUUAGAAGAUAAAAUUUUAUUUUAUCUUAUGACUUUUUAAUUCAAAUUCUUCUUUAUCUAAUGAAAUAUAACCUGGUUCCCGAAACGGGUUAUCGUUCGCCUUUAUUUACAAUCUUUAAUUCCUCAAUCUCUUAUAAAAUCGAGGUAUACAUAAGAUCGAAUAAUCUUUCGACUAUACUUUCGAUUGUUCUCACAUGGAACGAAGUGUCAUUUCGAAUUCUUCUUUAGGUCUGUCUGAUUAAUUAUCAUAUAAUAUUUUUUAUGUCUCUAGAAAUAGUGCAAUUACUCUUAAUAAAUAAAAGAGAUAGCUGAAGUUUUUCUAUCUCUUAUAGUUUUAUUAUUUAUAUUAAUUUUGUUGUUUUU